CUAAUUUCCCAAAUUUCUACGAACAUUAUUCAUUCGACAAUAAAGUUGGCAAGAAUGUUCAUGACGCGAUCAUCUUGAACGGAUAACCGCGGAAAUUGUGGCCUGAAAAAAAACCGAAACUGUAUUAUUAUAGUUCUUCGUCAGUGAGGAAUACAGAUUGCGAAUGAUUCAAACAGACUUUGAGGUUAUGUUGAGCUGAAAAUUCGUCACGAUCUUGUCGACCGUUGAAUCAAUGACUCGCGUCACAGGACAAAUCGUAGAUAAUAACCACAGUUCGCGGUGAACGUUGACGUCGCCAAGUCCUUUAGUCUCAAAUGCUGCCAGGAAUCGGAUUAUUCGGUACGGGUCAUGUGGUUCGUGUAAUCGUCCCAUUCCUGCGGGAGAAGGGUUUUAAAAUCGAGGCAGUAUGGGGAAGAACUCUGUCAGAAGCGGCAGAGGUAGCAGACGCUCUGGACAUUCCGUUCCACACAAGUCGAAUCGACGAUGUGCUGCUGCGGAAGGACGUCGAUCUGAUAUUCAUAAUGUGUUCGCCGAACCUGCACGCUCAGAUUGCUGUCAAGGCUCUGGGCAUCGGAAAGCAUGUCGUCUGUGACAAGCCCGCAGGACUAAGUCAAUAUGAGGCACUCAAGAUGGUACGUGCAGCCCAGUACUACCCCUCGUUGAUAAGCAUCGUGAACCAUAGCCUCCGCUUCCUUCCUGCCUUUGUCAGGAUGAAGAAAUCGCUGGACGAAGGAUACCUCAGGGGACCUGUCACUGUGAUCGACGUCCGGGUGCAGAUGGGCAGCCUGCUGCACGACGGGUAUGACUGGCUUUGCAACGAUACGAUGGGUGGCGGGAUCCUGGCCCUCGUUGGAAGCCAUGUUAUCGACUUGAUUUUCCACCUUGUCGGGCAGCGCGCUAUCAGGGUUCACGCUGUGGUCCGAACUUUCACAAGAACAACAAAAUUCAUCAAUGGAAUCAGGCAUAUUUCUUCACCAGACUUCUGCAGCUUCCAGCUUGAGCUCAGCGGAGGAGCACUGGUCACAGCCACCCUCAGUAAUCACUUGCCUGGACAAUUAAAUCAGGAAGUAUUGGUCUGCGGGGGUGGUGACCACCUAGUUGUACGUGGUGGGGAUUUGUAUGGGUUCAGAGAGAAAGGAGUGAACAAUGACGGUAAAGAGGAGAUUCUGUAUCUUGAUGUCGAUGAUAUUAAAGAGCAGAGUCUUUCUGUCACCGACUCCAUUCCACUGCCCUAUGUCAAAGGGUUGAGAAAGCUGAUCGGAGCUUUGCGGGAAGCGUUUCAGCCGGUCGAAGACAAGAAAGGCUGGAUAAAGGAGCCUGUUUCCUCUGCAGCUACUUUUGAGGACGGUCUAUAUGUUCAAGCUGUUAUUGAUGCUCUUAGACAAAGCAAUAGAAGGAGGGAAUGGAUUAAGGUUUGCGUUCUAACCGAGGAACCAGAUCCUAAUCCACUUCUUAGCGCAGCUGUUCGAGCUACAGCGAUCUCAAUUUGAAGUGCUUAAUUAAAUUUUCUUAUUAUUCGUAACAUGUAUUGUUCAUAAGUAAUUCGCAACAUUUAAUUUUUUUUAUUUUGUAUGGAUUUUUUAGAGAUGGUAUUAGCUAGUAUUAUUACAUAGUUAAUGUGUCGUUUUAGUUAUACUAUUUCGAACGUUAAACAGUAUUAACAUUUCUCAACUGUAGGAGAUGUACGAAACUUACUACUGAAUAUAGUUUCAAGGCAGCUUAAAUAGAUAAGUUAUUAUCGUGUCGAAAUGAGUAAAGUUAUUCUACUGAUGUAUGUUCAGGAAUUCCGUCAUUUCGUAAAUUUAUAAUUUUCAGGAAUUCAGUAAAUU